AUAAAUGUUAUUUUUAUAUAUUGUUUAAUUUAAAAUAAUUUAAUAGAAAAAAAAAUUCAUUAAAAAUAGAAAACAAUUUAUAUUCAUGCUUCAAAAAAAAACAAUAAACGAGAAAGAGUUCUGUUUCAAUUUUUAUAUUACACAGAAAGACAUGUGGUCAUUGUAUAUAUUUUUAUUGUUAAUUUUAAUUAUUCAAAUACAAUCGAAUGAUUAUUGUUCAUUGAAUUCUGAAAAAUGUGGAAAAACACACAACAAAUAUUCAAAAGCUUCCAAUAAAUAUGAAAAAUAUUUCAAAGCAAUUGAGAUUGCUGAAAAAAAUUAUGUCGAGUGUACAAAAAGUAACUGUGGAUGUUAUAAAAAUGUAAUUGAAGAACAAUUAGCACCUUUCAAAAAGAAGGGAAUUGAUGAAAAAUUAAUUGAAAAUUCUAGAGAUAGAGGAGUAUUGUAUCAAUUGAUUGACGGUCAUCUUUAUCGAGAAAAAGAAUGCAUGUUCCCUUCAAGAUGUGCUGGUGUAGAACAUUUUAUUUUAAAUAUUAUUGACAAUAUCUCAGAUGCAGAAGUUAUUAUCAACACUCGUGAUUAUCCUCAAUCCAGUAAACAUUUCGGAAAUCCAUUGCCUGUAUUCUCAUUCAGUAAGACCUCAGAUUAUCAUGAUAUUAUGUAUCCCGCUUGGUCAUUUUGGGAAGGUGGUCCAGCAAUUUCCCUUUAUCCUCGUGGACUUGGUAGAUGGGAUCAACAUCGAAUUUCUUUGAAUAAUGCCAGUUUGGAAACGCCAUGGGAAAGUAAAAAAGAAUUGGCAUUCUUUCGUGGAUCAAGAACUAGUUCAGAACGUGAUAAUUUGAUUCUUUUGAGUCGAGAGAAACCAAAUCUUGUCGAUGCACAGUAUACGAAAAAUCAAGCAUGGAAAUCUAAAAAAGAUACUUUAAAUUUACCACCGGCUGGAGAAGUUUCUUUAGAAUCGCACUGUGCCUAUAAAUACUUAUUUAAUUAUCGUGGUGUCGCUGCUUCAUUUAGACACAAACACUUGUUUCUUUGUGAAUCAUUGGUUUUUCAUGUAGGGAAUGAGUGGACUGAAUUUUAUUACGAUGCCAUGAAGCCAUGGAUUCAUUAUAUUCCAGUUUCAAAAGAUGCCAGUCAAUCCGAACUCGAAGAAUUGAUUCAGUUUGCGAAAGAUAACGACGAGAUAUCAAGAAAGAUUGCGAAUCAAGGUAGAGACUUUAUUUGGGAGAAACUACGAAUGAAAGACGUUACUUGUUACUGGAGAAGAUUGUUUAAAAAGUACAUUAAACUUUUAACUUUUAAACCAACUUUGAAACAAGAUCUUAUUGAAAUUUAUAAAAAAUAAAAUACAAUUUGUACUUUAUAAAAAUUGUGAUAUAAAAUAUGUGACAAUUUACACUCGAUAUUUUUACAUUGUUUUCAAUAAAAAAAAAAAUUUCAUUAAAAAAU